GUAACAGCGGGCCGUAUCCGGACGUGGAGUCCCAAGCACAGCUCCCGACGGUGUCACCGGGAGGAUUUUUGGAAGUCGGCCCCUCCACGCCACGGGUGAGCCGGCCUGGGCUGCCCCUUACCUGGGCGGGGGGCUCCCUCCAGCGCUCCCAAAAGCCAGAGAGAGGGCAAGCGCUGUGUUUGUUUCUUCGAAAGGAGACCUCCUCAAGCACCCCGACCGACGUUGCUCUCCGGCCUUUUGCAAUAUAGAGGGCAAGCAGGCCAUGGUGAACCCCGGCGGCAGCUCGCAGCCGCCCCCGGUGACGGCGGGCUCCCUCUCGUGGAAGAGGUGCGCCGGCUGCGGGGGGAAGAUCGCCGACCGCUUCCUGCUCUACGCCAUGGACAGCUACUGGCACAGCCGCUGCCUCAAGUGCUCCUGCUGCCAGGCCCAGCUGGGGGACAUCGGCACCUCCUGCUACACCAAGAGCGGCAUGAUCCUCUGCAGGAACGACUACAUCAGGUUAUUUGGAAACAGUGGUGCUUGCAGUGCCUGUGGACAGUCCAUUCCUGCUAGUGAGCUGGUCAUGAGGGCACAGGGCAAUGUCUAUCAUCUUAAGUGUUUUACAUGCUCUACCUGCCGGAAUCGCCUGGUCCCUGGAGAUCGGUUUCACUACAUCAAUGGCAGUUUAUUUUGUGAACAUGAUAGACCUACAGCUCUCAUCAAUGGCCAUUUGAAUUCACUUCAGAGUAAUCCACUACUGCCAGACCAGAAGGUCUGCUAAAAGGUCAGAGUAAUGCAGAAUGCGUGCCUUCAUCUCAAAUUUUGUUCAUCACAGAUGGAUCCCAUGUCUCCAAGUAGACAAGUCACCUUUGUAGCUAGCAUCAAUGCCAGCUCCAUACCAUUGCACCUUCUUUAUUCUUGAUCGCCCUUCCCACAUUUAUUGGUGUAUUAAAAUGACUGAAUAUGAACAUUAAGGACUCCAUGAACCUGGGCUAAUGGGAGACUGUAGAGAAAAUGAAAAAAGAUCCACCGGAGGACAUCUUGGGGGGGGGAGGGGGGGGCGGGUGGGGAAGAUGACUAAUGAAGCUAAUUAAAAGAAGCAUUGAAAUCUGCUUUCUACCCUCAUUAACAAUUAGCAGGGCACUGGCCAGUUUGUACCCUGUGUUUUACCUUAACAACAUUCUAUUUGCUCUUUGUAUAUUUAAGUGUUGUAAGGAAAUGUGUUUCAAUCAAAACGAACAUGAGAUAAAAGAUGUGGCUUUUGUGAUAUUCUAUCACAAACACUUUUAUUGUAUCUCUGUAAAAUACAAUGUAUGUAUGCAUGUAAGUGUUUUUGUCCUGAUGUUGCUACUUCCCAUGGCAAAAAAAAAAAAAAAAGAAAGAGAAAAGUCAGGCUCAUAGCAGCUACUGUGUAGAAAUUUUCACCUACUUCUAAUUUGCUGAAUGAAGAAAAAUCUUUUAUUUGUGAUAUUUUCAGAGACAUUUGCUCUAGUAUGGUGUAUUUAAAUAAUAAAAAAGUAAAACAAAA